UGUCUAGAUACUAGGACAAGUAGAUGAUUCCCUCUCUCACUUUCACUUUACAAGAUGAAACUCGUGAAAUCUUCUCCAGCCCUCUGGGGUUUCUUCACCUUGGUGAGAGGUAUCUCCUCCGCCGGCCCGGUAGCCAAUGUCCUCAAUGGCAGCUAUACUGGCGUGUACAGCAGUGAAUAUGGUCAAGACUGGUUCCUCGGCAUGCCAUAUGCGCAACAACCUCUGGGGGAUCGGCGAUUUCGCAAUCCGCAGUCACUCAACGAAGCCUGGACGAAAGCGCGGAAUGCCACGGAAUAUUCGCCGGCUUGCGUGGGCUACGGGUCAGAUCAACUUUGGUACCCAGUAGGUGAGGAUUGUCUUACACUGAAUGUCAUUCGUCCUGCGGGGGUCGGUGCCAAUUCAAGCCUUCCUGUCGCUGUCUGGAUUCACGGUGGUGGAUUGAGGCAAGGAAGUUCGAGAGACCAAAGAUACAAUCUGUCCUUUAUCGUAGAUCACUCGGUUAAGAUAGGAAAACCAUUCAUUGGUGUCAGCCUGAAUUAUCGACUAGGACCAUGGGGGUUCCUCUACAGUAACGAUGUGUUGGGCAGCGGGGACACCAACGUGGGACUUCGCGAUCAACGACUUGCCCUCCAUUGGAUCCAAGAAAACAUCAGAAGCUUCGGAGGUGACCGAGCCAAAGUCACCAUUUGGGGUCAAUCGUCAGGGGGGACCUCGGUCGGAAGCCAUAUGGUCGCCUACGGUGGCCGCAACGACAACCUCUUUCGAGCAGCAAUCCAGGAGUCGGGAGGUAUCUUGAACGGACAGCCUUUCGACACGACUAAGUACCAACCUAUAUAUGACAACCUGGUCAUUGCGACGAAUUGUACCGACGCCAUCGACCGAUUGGAAUGUCUUCGAUCCGUACCGUACACGAGGCUAAAUGGCAUUUUCAACGGCACGAACAACACUGCGUACAAUUCAUUUGUACAGGUGCCGGAUGGGGACUUCUAUCGCGGAUGGGGCUCGUACGCGCUCAAGACCAAUUCGUUGAAUGCCGUGCCUCUUCUCAUUGGAUCAAAUACCGACGAGGGCACUAGCAUGGGGCCAACUGGGAUAGACACGGAGCAGGAGUUUUAUCAAUAUCUCACCAAUGGAAGUGCCGGCUACAAGCUUCCAUCCACGACAGCUCGCCAGAUGCUAAAGGUCUAUCCCGAUGACCCAUCAAUCGAAAUUGCCGCUUACCUCGGAAACGCGAAAACGCCCAACGAGGGGCUGCAGUGGCGUCGAACGUCAACCUACACAGGUGACCUCAGACAACACACGGGGCGCCGUUGGCAAUGCCAAACCUGGGCUGCUAACGACAUGCCCGCAUAUUGUUACCGCUUCAACGUUCACUCCAACGAUGUACCAUGGAUCAACGGCGCCGCCCAUUUCACUGAGGUUGCCUUCGUCUUCAACAACUUGGACGGGGUGGGCUACCACAGCGGUCUUCCAUUCAACCAGACGCCGCCCAGCUAUGUCGCAUUGAGCAAUAUGAUGGCGUCCAUGUGGGUGAGCUUCAUUGUGGACGGAGACCCCAACUCGGCCGGCGUCAACACAAACUACUGACCAGUGUACGACUUGGCCGACCCGACUGAGUUUGUGUUUGAUGCCAACGUCACUAGUUAUGCGUCUCCUGAUACUUGGCGAGAGGCAGGAAUCGAGUACAUCAAGAAGAUUAUAACCGUCUUUAGCAAAUAAUUCAGCGUUGUAAGUCAAUUUCAAUAAUUGACGAUUCGAAUAACGAUAGGAAUGUAAUUAUAGCCGUGGAGGCAUUCUAAAGCAGCUAUUACCAUUAGCCGGUACUAGGAGAGUGUAUCAUUACAUGGGAGACUGCACAAGCCAUGAUUGCGUAUCUCAGUUUCUUCACCUUACAAUUUGCAGUACC